CUAUUGAUUACUUGUAAGCAUCAGGGCGCAUUCCCAAAAAAAAAGGUUUGACAGGAAGCUUCAAAGCAGUUUGGUAGUUAAAUUAAACAAAUUAAGUAUAUCUUCUUAAAAAGCGAGCAGGGACUUUAAAUUGAUCCAUUGAAUCUAAGGUCGAAAACAAUUGUGAUUUCAAGCUUUCAUUCAACGUGCAAAAUAAAAUUGAGGUACACUUUCGUUCUGUGUCGUUUUUCAGUAAAAAUCUGGUGCAGAUCUAUCAUUUGGUUGGUUAUUUGUUUUUCAUCAGUGGUGCAAUCUGGCCCAUUUAAAGGCUGCAGCUUUAUGUGAAUUGGGCAUUCUCCAUUUGAGGUUUUCCUUCAGAGAAAUAUUUUGUGUGGCAAAGCAGAAAAGCCCAAGUUCUGUGAUUGAUAUAAACAAUCCUUACAGAUAUUGUGAAAGAAUUCCAUUGAUUAUGAGUCCAGGCAAUUCGUUGGGAGCUUUGGCAGCAAACCCAUGUUGUCGAUUACUCCUACGAUGCUCUUCUUCAUCUUUCAGAAAGCCUUGCUAUAUUUCAGCUUUCAAACCCUUAGCCCUAUGUCAAAAAAGGCAGUUGUCCUUUCAUAGAUCCUCAUGGUUGAGAUCGGCCGCUCUAAAAAAAUCUGCAAUAAUUUUGCCUAAAAGGGCAUUGCCAGAUUUUUCGACCUGUGCUGAAUUUGUCCAGGAAGAUACUAAUAGUAGUCACAAUAGAGUCUCUGCUUCUGCAGCUGGUGUUGCCAUCAAACCCUCAGAAGAUACAGUUUGUAUUAAUUCCACCACCAAUGUGAGGCCAGAGAGAAUUUAUGUGACAAGUGUGAAUCCUCUUGAGGUGGAGAGAAUCCAGGAAGAGAGAUGCACUGAAUUUGGGUUAGAUGAUUCUUCCUCGUCCUCUGCUAUAGAGGACGAAACCCAAAGCCCAUUUGAGAAGGAAGCAUGGAAACUUUUAAGGGAUGCAGUUGUUAAUUAUUGUGGGAGUCCGGUAGGAACUGUUGCAGCUAAUGACCCAUCAGAUGGCACCACUCCUCUCAAUUAUGAUCAGGUGUUCAUAAGGGAUUUUGUGCCUUCCGCUCUUGCAUUUCUGCUCAGAGGUGAGAGCGAGAUAGUUCGAAAUUUCCUUCUCCAUACCCUUCAGUUGCAGAGCUGGGAGAAAACAGUCGAUUGUUACAGCCCAGGACAAGGAUUGAUGCCGGCCAGUUUCAAGGUUAGGACAGUACCUCUUGAUGGAAACAAUGAAGCAAUUGAGGAAGUCUUAGAUCCUGAUUUUGGAGAGUCAGCAAUUGGUCGUGUUGCUCCUGUUGACUCUGGUCUCUGGUGGAUUAUUUUACUGAGAGCAUAUGGAAGAAUCACUGGAGAUUAUGCCCUCCAAGAGAGGGUAGAUGUUCAAACAGGCAUUAAAUUGAUAUUGAGGUUGUGCUUAGCUGAUGGAUUUGAUAUGUUCCCAACAUUAUUAGUGACAGAUGGUUCUUGCAUGAUUGAUCGACGAAUGGGCAUUCAUGGACACCCUCUUGAAAUUCAGGCUUUAUUCUACUCUGCACUUCGUUGUGCUCGAGAAAUAAUGAUUGUAGAUGAUGGAUCAUUGAAUUUAAUGAGGGCUGUAACCAGCAGGCUAAGUGCUCUGGCAUUUCAUAUUAGAGAGUAUUACUGGCUUGAUAUGCGAAAACUCAAUGAAAUCUACAGAUACAAGACAGAAGAGUAUUCCCAUGAUGCUGUUAAUAAGUUCAACAUUUAUCCAGAUCAAAUCCCAUCAUGGCUUGUUGAUUGGAUGCCUGAUCAAGGUGGCUUUCUAAUUGGGAACCUCCAGCCAGCUCACAUGGAUUUCAGGUUUUUCUCCCUAGGCAAUCUCUGGGCUAUUGCCACGUCUCUGACUACCCCAGAACAAGCUGAAUCUAUUUUGAACUUAAUAGAGAGCAAAUGGGAUGAUCUUAUUGGUAAAAUGCCUAUGAAAAUAUGCUAUCCAGCAUUGGAAUAUGAAGAGUGGCGGAUAAUCACUGGCAGUGAUCCAAAGAAUACCCCUUGGUCAUAUCAUAAUGGAGGAUCAUGGCCAACACUUUUAUGGCAGUUGACUGUUGCAUGCUUAAAAAUGGGGAGACCAGAUCUAGCCAAUAGAGCAGUAGAAGUUGCAGAGACACGGCUUUCAAGAGAUCGGUGGCCAGAGUAUUAUGAUACAAAAACUGCAAGGUUCAUUGGCAAGCAGGCUCGACUGUACCAGACAUGGUCAAUUGCUGGAUAUCUAGUUGCAAAGUCACUCUUAGCUAAUCCAGCGUUGGCAACUAUAUUGACAUGUGAGGAGGACCUUGCUCUUAUGGAAGGAUGUUCAUGCCCAUUGAGCGCCAGCCCUCGUAGAAAGUGCUCCCGAAAUGCAAUGCGAUCCCGCAUUCUUGUAUAGAAUUGUUCCAGUAGAAAACCAUUCUUUUCUAUUUUUUAGCUGAAAAUAUUCAUUCUAAAAAUUUAACUUAAUUAUGAUGGAAAUACAGGCCCAAUAGCAAUUUUUGAAAAUUGCUAGAAGAGAGCUAGCUCUCUCUCUUUGAAAAUUGCUAGAAGAGAGCUAGCUCUCUCUCUUUUUGUGGGUUAACUGUAAAUAAUUUUAAUGUACAAAAUUGUCACACCUAUAUAUAUUACUCAAUCUGGGUUGUAAGAAAUGCACCCAGCAUUAUUUGUAACUUUUGUACGAUGAAAUAGCACUAAUUGACUUUGUGCUAGCAUUAUUUGUAACUUUUUACCAUAAAAUAGCACUUAUUGGCAUUGUGCUAUUGAACAUCACGGCCUUUCGACAGCCAUUUGUCUCUCUGGAACCUGCAUAUAACCAAGGACCUACGAGGUUUAUUUGGAAAUUUAAGAACAUGAAAAGAAAGAUUAAUGUGAUCAUUCAAUGAUCAACAUGAAAUAAAUUCCAUUAUCUCUUUA